AUGCAAUAUGCCAAUGAUGGCGAUCUUCAAAAUUAUCUUGAAAAGAAAUUUAAAUAUUUAACUUGGGAUGAUAAGAAAAAAUUAGCGUUUCAAAUCGCUGAAGGAUUAAACUAUUUACAUAAUGAGUAUAUUUUGCAUAGAGACCUUCAUUCUAAGAAUAUAGUUAUUCAUGAUGGUAAUGCUAAAAUCACGGAUUUCGGUAUUUCAAAAAAGAUGAAUGCUCAAAAUUCUAAAUCAGACAUUUAUAGUUAUGGAGUAUUAAUGUGGGAGAUUUCUAGCGGAGUUCUUCCAUUUGAAAGUUUAAUGAACAAGGGUGAUGAAUGUUUACUUCGCAUUAAUAUUAUUGCUGGAGCUCGUGAAGAUACUAUAGUAGGAACGCCUAUAAGUUAUGAAGAGCUUUAUAAAAAAUGUUGGGAUUCGACACCAAAGAACAGACCAAAAAUUCAAAACGUAUUAGAAGAAUUUAAAAAGAUGGGUUUUGGUAUCGAUGAGGUUAAUUUAAAUCAUGAGGACUUAGACCUUAAGGAAGCCGGAGUAAAUGUUAAUAAUACCUCAAUUGAAGGAAAUAACAAUGAUUCGUUUAAUUUGAUGCAAACUAAUGAAUUACAUGAUGUUUUAUCAGAUACAUAUUCUAGUUUAAGUAUUUCGAAAUAUAGCAGUACUUCAUUAUAA